UGUCGCACACCAAGGCACUAUGGCUCUGGCGCGGCCGCUGCGAGUGCUGCGGCUCGCGGUUCGGUUGCUUUUGGCACCUCGACGGGACCUAGCGGUCCGCGGUCCGGAGGAGCCCCUGCCAGUAGUUCGCAUCCCGCGGGCUCUACAGCGGCGGCAGGAAGAGCGGCAAGGCAGACGGAGUUCCCCGCGGCUGGUGCUGGCGCGACCUGGCCCGCUGCUCAUCUCGGCGCGGCGGCCAGAAUUGAACCAGCCGGCGCGCCUCACGCUGGGCCGUUGGGAGCGCGCGCCACUAGCUUCGCGUGGUUGGAAGAAUCGGCGCUCCCGCAGGGACUACUUCUCUAUCGAGCGAGCGCAACGUGAGGUACCAGCGCUGCAGAACCCCCAGUUCGAGGGCAGCUUCGCGGCUCUUGGUCUGGAACCCCGCGUGCUGCAUGCACUACAGGAGGCAGCUCCUGAAGUCGUUCGGCCUACAACCGUGCAGUCGCGCACCAUACCCCCUCUACUUCGCGGCCGUCACAUCCUUUGCGCUGCGGAAACCGGCAGUGGCAAGACUCUUGGAUACCUACUACCUCUGCUUCAGCGGCUCUUGGGCCGGCCAAGCUUGGAUUCGCACAGUAUACCAGCUCCUCGAGGCCUGGUCCUUGUGCCUUCGCGAGAAUUAGCCGAACAGGUGCGGGCGGUGGCCCAGCCCUUGGGCGUCUUCUUGGGCCUCCACGUGCGGGAGCUAGAGGGAGGCCGUGGCAUGAGUAGGAUCCGGCUGCAACUGUCCAAACAACCCUCAGUAGAUGUACUAGUGGCCACUCCAGGAGCUCUGUGGAAGGCCCUGAAAGGUCAACUAAUCACCCUGAGGCAGCUCUCCUACUUGGUGUUGGAUGAGGCAGACACACUAUUGGAUGAAAGCUUCCUGGAACUAGUGGACUAUAUCUUGGAGAAGAGCCAUAUAGCAGAAGAUCCCGCUGACUUAAAAGACCCUUUCAAUCCCAAAGCUCAGUUAGUGCUGGUGGGGGCCACAUUUCCUGAGGGUGUAGGCCAACUGCUAAGUAAAGUUGCCAGCCCAGACUCUCUGACCACCAUCACCAGCUCCAAGCUCCACUGCAUCAUGCCUCAUGUUAGACAGACAUUUAUGAGGCUGAAGGGAGCAGAGAAGGUGACUGAGUUGGUGCAGAUUCUCAAGCAGCAUGACAGAGCAUACAGGUCUAGCCCCUCGGGAACUGUUCUGGUGUUUUGUAAUAGCUCCAGCACUGUGAAUUGGCUGGGAUAUAUUCUGGAUGACCACAAAAUCCAACACCUAAGACUUCAGGGACAAAUGCCAGCCUCAAUGAGGGCAGGCAUCUUCCAGUGCUUCCAGGAGGGCUCCCAAGACAUACUCCUCUGCACAGACAUAGCCUCUCGGGGCCUGGACAGCACCCAUGUAGAGCUAGUUGUCAAUUAUGAUUUCCCUCUCACCCUGCAAGACUACAUCCACAGAGCCGGUAGGGUGGGCCGUGUAGGAAGCGAGGUGCCUGGCACCGUCAUCAGCUUUGUGACCCAUCCCUGGGAUGUAAACCUGGUUCAGAAGAUUGAGCUGGCAGCACGCCGGAGGAGAAGUCUUCCAGGACUUGGGUCCUCAGUAAGAGAGCCUUUGCCCCAGCAAAUCUGAUGGCAGCCAGCUUAAAUGUGAUGCCAUUAAUAGGAAUCUUUCCCUUUGUCCUGGGUGGGUGAGCACACUUGUCAGUAGGAUGCACUGGGCAGCCAGUCACCUCUCUGAAGGCCUGGUGAGCUGUUUCUGGCUUCCAAAGGUAGAUGGGCCAGCACUGCAGAGUGAGCAUGGUUCUUUGUAGUCUUUCACAUGAGUUCUGAAAAAUAAAGUAGAUUUUUGGCAUUGUA